AAGCGGGGGCGAAGACCGAGACGAAAAUGCGAGUUUUCACACUGGUGAUCUGGUUUGGGGCCCGGCCAAAGGCUUCGCCGCCUGGCCGGGCAAAAUCGCGUCGGUAGACGGCGAUCGAGUCGCGACGGUCAUGUGGUUCGGAGGGGAGAGAUGCGCGUCGAGAAUCGAAGUGGGGGCGCUGCAAACGCUCGCCCAAGGACUGGACGCCCACCACCAGGCCCGACAGAGGGCCAGAACAAGUCGUAAACUAAACAGCCAACUGGAAUCUGCGAUCCAGGAGGCGAUGUCCGAGCUGGACAAAAAUCCGGACGCCCAAAAAAAUAACCUCGAAGAGAAGAAUUUGAAGGCGGCUGCGUGCGCAAAAAAAAAUGGCGGUCGCCUGCGCAGCCAACGAUGAUGAGAAUCAAC